UUCUUUGAAGUAAAAAAGAAAAAAAACUGAAUUAUUGUAAAGUUCGUUGAAAUCUUUUCUUUCAAAUUUAAUAACGUUGAGCGCUUUUUCUCUUUUCUGUUUCAUCACUAAAUGAGCACUCCAUACGGUGAGAUCUGGGUUCUUAUUUAAGACCAUGCGGUAGCUUUUGGUUGCUCGUGGCUAAGAUUAUAGAGUUUAGGGUAAAAAUUUUCAUGAUACUUUAUGUUUACUAGGAUCGUCAGUGAGUUUUGGGUGUUUCUUGAUGAACUGACCAUUAUUGGAGAAUUUUCUUUCAAUUCUGUAAUAAUAUGCAAAGCACUGGCUAGCUUGAAGAUUUUCAUGGACUGAACAAAUAAUUGAAUUUAUUUAGACUCCACAGUAUGAGCAGUUCAACGCCCCCACUAUGUGUUUAGGAGAUGAAGCAAAAUCCCACGACGCAGUCCAUUCCAUUGCGCAAUUCGAAGGAUGCGGAUAUAAAAUCAGGAGCUUCCUCCAUGGAGCAACAGUUUGUGUCUCACCGGCCAACGGCUCGUGUGCUAUAUAAGGAUAUUUUCUGUGGUUUUUUUCCCUUGAAAGUGUGUACUCCCAGCUCAACAGGCACUCAUCACCCAGAAAUGCUGAGCCAGAGACUCUUUGCUGUUUUCGUACUAAUCUGUGUGUUCUGCAUUGCAAUGCACUCCGCUGAGGGUACCUACCGGAAGCCCCCAUUCAACGGAAGUAUCUUCGGGAAAAGGAAUGUCGUUGACUACGAUUCCGGUGGCAAGGCUUUGUCGGCAAUGUGUGAGAUCGCCCUGGAAGCGUGUGGAGCGUGGUUCCCGCAGGAUAAGAAGUGAAAAUAAAUUCCAAUUUGGGGCGAGCAUCCACCGCAACGGCUUUCUGGUUUAAAAACAACACAACCCACAAACAUAAAAUAAUAUAAAAUUCAUACACAAAAUAUUGUUAAUAAAAAAAGGAAGAAAAUCCUAUUUAAUCAGAAUGUCUCCCUAAAAAUUUAUAUUACAAAAAAGAAUUUCAUCCUCUUUUGCAUGAUUUUAAGGACAGUUUCCGUCAAAAAUUUUAACGUAAAGAAAAAAAACAUUUUUAAUGCAUUUUGUAUUGCAAUAAAACUAAAAAGUCUUAUUAUUUUAUUAGCGGAUAAACUCAUAUAAAAAAAAUGAUUUUCUUGGUGUAAAUAGACUUCUGCAAAAAUGUUUAUAUUUGGAUGGUUAAUUAUGACUUAAAUCUUUUCUUUUUUUAACCCUUCUUUGCACGCAUUUACAUCCCCAUCCCUCCUCACUACAGCUAUUACAUAUUUUAAUGCAAUCACAAUCAUUUUGAAAUGUUCACUCAUGGUAUAUCAAUAAAAAUUGUCAUUACAAAGUA